UAAACUGUUUUAACUAAUAAAUUUUUUAUUGAUAAAACUAUCGCUGGAUAAAUGAUUUCAGUUCCUUUCUGGAUAGGAAUGACUGCGCCUGUUUAUGGAAUAAUUGCAGAUAAGUUUGGAAGAAGAGUUUAUUCCUUAUUAGGAACUAUUUUAAUUGGAAUGACUACUAUUUCGUUAUUAUUUAUAAUUCCUGGAGAUGUUAAAGUAAUUAUUAUUUAUAUUUCGCUUAUUAUGCUAGGAGUUUAUAUAGCUAGUUUAAGUGCUUAUUUAAUGCCUUGUUAUCCUUUAAUAUGUGAAAGAAGAUUUGUAGGAACUGCCUUUGAUAAGAAGAAAGGAGGAAAACUGAAUUCAAGAAAACCUAAAAUCCAAGAAGAAACUAGAGAAAUUAUUUCAAGAUUAUAAAGUUUUGUAUAAUGA